AUGACUGAGGACAAUAGUCAAUCGGUGGUAGUUGUGUAUGUAGAUGACCUAAUCUUUGGGGGCCAUUGUGACAAACUGUAUCAACAAUUUGUAGAAAAGAUGAGGACAAAGGUUGAGAUGUCAAUGCUUGGUGAAUUAUCCUAUUUUCUUGGGUUUCCAGUAAGUGAACAGGAGGAUGACAUCUUUGUAUCUCAAAUAAAGUAUGUCAAAGAAAUGUUGAAAAAGUUUGGAAUGGAGGAUAGCAAACCUAUGGGAACACCUAUGGCAGUUGGUUGCAAGUUGAGUUCAAAUGGUGAGUCACCAAUAGUGGAUCAGACCUUGUAUAGGUCAAUGAUUGGGAGGUUUCUAUACUUGACAUCAUCAAGGAUUGACAUUCUUCAGUUAGUAUGCUUAGUGGCAAGAUUUCAAGCUAGUCCUAAGGAAGCUCACUUAUUAGCAGUAAAAAGGAUAUUGAGAUAUCUUAAGGGGACGUUAGAGUAUGGGUUGUGGUACCCAAAGACUAACAAUUUUAUUGUCACAGCAUUCUCAGAUGCAGAUUGGGCUGGUAGCAUUGAUGACAGAAAAAUCACCAGUGGCGGUGCAUUCUUUUUGGGAAAAAGUUCAGUUGCUUGGCACAGAAAAAAGCAUGAGUCAGUUUCAUUAUCUAUAGCAGAGGCAGAGUACAUAGUAGCAACAACCAGUUGUACUCAAGUCAUUUGGAUGAAGAGGCAAAUUUCUGAUUUUAGCAUUCACAGUGAUGAACCAGUGUGA